GGAAACCCGAUGAGUGUAAUCUACAGCAAAACCCAAUACGAAUAAUAGUGGCAUCGUUAUAUUCAUAUUACGGUUAUACUAGCAUAGCCAAUUUCCCGGAAAUGAAGUACUUCUUUCCUCCUCGAACGAAAACGAACCGAAGGAACGAACCUUGAGCUUCUUAUUCGGCAAAACCAAAUAUUCAUUUCAAUGAUUCCAGUACGUCUCUUCUUGCUGACCCUAUCCUGCGGAAACACCUGCGCGACACGAGUUACUCCUGAGGGCACGAGUGGUCCUUCCCCUCCUUACUCCCUAAUCCUAAUAUCCCGAACAAGCAAUCGCCUCCCAGGCCAUGCAUGCCUCGCACACUCAGCACAUUCCUGAAUAUUGAUAACGAUCUGUUGGGUAUAAUGAUUCACGGAAAACGAUGUGAUAGUGAAGGUGAUUGCGCAGUAUUCGAACCUCCACACUUCACAUCCCGCAUCUGCAUCCGCAUCACAGUGCAACAUACGUGAAAACAGAACCACAAGCAAACUACGCACGAGUAACCAGAAAAAGGCAAUCGCCUGAUCAUUAUUCCCGUCUCAACACACCCAACAAAAAGGCCUCUCCAAUUUCACAACAUUAAAGCAUAACGAAACACAAGAAACCCAACACAAGCAUUACACGCGUACACCUUGCAAAGUUUCCCAGUUUAAGCAAUCGCCUAAACAUUCGUAUUUUGUUAGAGAGGACCUCUGACUCUGCUCUUUGUCCUAAGAUCCAUUAACCUC